AUGGAUAUUCUCGAUCUACCGCAAGAGAUUCUUGGUCAUAUCCUAUCGUACCUCCAUCCGGCAACCAUUGUCCGCUUUGGGCAAACCUGCAAACACGCUCACGACUUCAUUGGCCCGCGCAACCAGAUCUUGUGGAAGUCUGCCUUCUCGCACGUCUUCGACGAUCCCAAUGAUGCUUGGUCCUUGAUGCCAGGAACCUCGCGCGCCCCCAAUGGGACGCCAGUGGAAUGGGAUUGGCACUGGGAGCUGGUGGGAAGAUUGCGGGCAUUGCAGGUAAUCCGGUCGAAAUGGCGAGUUGCUGACGAGCACGACCAUCUGGAAAAGCAUCUGAACGCAGUUCUCAGCAUGCUCGACACGGCCAAAUUUGCUCCUACCGCGCGGGAGCUCGCCAACGGUAAAGUGCCCUUGGAGGACGACCGGUAUCUGUCGCUCAAUCUACAAAUCCUUUCAGACCUCGAUCGGUAUCGAGAUGGACUGGAGAACCUCAUCCACGACACAGGGACGCCUCAAUGCAUCAAAUACUCCGGCUCGGAUGGGAAUCCAUGGAACUCUCCCAGGUAUCCGGUCACACGAUCGAUGAGUUUCGACGAACACGAGAAACACAGGCCAGAGUCGGCUUCCAGACUGCAUGUUCUCUACGGCCUCACCGUGCGUGAGCGCAUCACCCACAAGGCCCGUGGUGCAGCUCGCCGCAAGGUCUAUGACUGGCACCGGGUCGGGCCAGAUAACGACUACGGUCCUUUCAAAAGGGAUGGUAGCGGCCAUGUCGACUGGUCUCUGCUCGAAGGGGUGUGCAGCGUCAUCUCGCGCAGUUUUGAAAUGUGUGUGGAUGGCCACAUCGCCAUGCCUCAGGGCUUGAGCUUCUCCAUCCCCCACCGCUCUUUGAUCGACCCAACCACGCCGACAGAUUGGGCCCGGGUCACGGGCCACUGGUUGGGGACGUACUCCUUCCUUGAUUUCGCCGACCUGUUCGCCUACAAUACAUGGCACGGCGACGCCCGGCCCAGACUGGAUGAUGAGCCCGAGGCUUGUGGCGACCUCAUGAAGCUCGAACUGAAGCUAGAUGACACGCUAUCCGGCGACCCGCGGUUGCACACAUCUCUUCCCGUCUGUACAGACUUGCCCAUGCUCUUCUUUUCGGGUCUGUCCCGAGCCCACGUGGGCGUUCAUCGGCCGGCUGUUGGGAUUCGCGGCUGUGCGUGCCUGGUGCCCGGAGGGAGAGAGGUACGAUGGCGCUUCAUCAUCUCCUACGGCGGAGAGGACCAGUGGCAACUGGAAGGCAUUCAACCAGGUGGCAUUAGAUCUGGAGGGGUGUAUGGCCUGUGGUCUCAGUGUGACCAUGACACAAACGGCCCAGUCGGCCCAUUCUGCUAUUUUCCUGCCGAGCUGUGCAAGUCCACCAGCGUGGUCUUGUUGGCUUGA